AUCUUCUUUAUUACAUUCUCACUUUCACACACACAAACACAAACCUAUACAUACAUACAUUUAUAUAUCUAUACAUAAAUGGCAGUUCUUAACCGUCUAGUCAGAACCACAAGGUUCAACACAAUUCGCGCCUUUUCCUCCUCUGUUAAACCUCCAUCGCCGGCGAUCAAUAAGACCGGUGACGGCAGUCGGAACGUGCAGUGGGUGUUUCUCGGCUGUCCCGGCGUCGGAAAAGGUACAUACGCCAGCCGUCUCUCUAAACUUAUCGGCGUUCCUCAUAUCGCCACCGGUGAUCUCGUUCGCGAUGAACUUUCUUCUAAAGGACCUCUUUCUUCUCAGCUUGCAGUGAUUGUUAACCAAGGGAAACUAGUUUCAGAUGAAUUCAUUUUUAAUUUAUUGUCCAGGCGUCUUGAAGCCGGGGAAGCCAAAGGGGAAUCGGGUUUCAUUCUUGAUGGGUUCCCUCGGACAAUAAGACAAGCAGAAAUUUUGGAGGGAGUAACAAACAUUGAUUUGGUAAUUAACCUGAAGCUUAGAGAAGAGGCAUUGCUUGCUAAAUGUCUUGGGAGGAGGACUUGUAGCCAAUGUGGGGGAAACUAUAAUGUUGCUUGCAUUGACAUAAAAGCUGAUGAUCAAAGCCCUGCAAUGUACAUGCCUCCCCUUCUUCCACCUGCACAUUGUGCAUCAAAACUUAUUACGCGGCCUGAUGACACUGAACAAGUUGUGAAAGAACGUCUUCGUAUAUACAGUGAGAAGAGCCGGCCGGUAGAAGAGUUUUAUCGGAGCCGAGGAAAGUUACUAGAGUUUGAUCUUCCAGGAGGAAUCCCCGAAUCUUGGACAAAACUGCUUCAAGCUUUAAAUCUUGAUGAUCAUGAAGACAAGAGAUCUGCAGCGGCUUGAUUUGGUACUGGUCAGUAGGGUGAGUGUUAUCAUUCUUUACAUUGUAAAAGGCAUAUAAUUCAGAUAUCUAUUCUUUAUACAAGAACCCUAACAUACUUCAGACUUGUAUUUACUACCUGACUUAUUGCCAUCUGGGUUUGAAGAUGCCUGGAAAUGGUUUUUCUUAGCUGAUAAUAGUACUAUUCUAGGAAGUUUGAUGUAAAUUACUGAUAUAUAAUGAGUUAUGGUUUUGUA